AAUGCAUUUCGGGCUUGAAUUUUUUUGCACUGCAGUGACAGCAACGAGAGCCACCGGAGCAGCAGGUCUCCCGUCUCCGGUCCCCGUCACCUCACAUUCUGCCGUGACGUGUUUUUUUUGUUUUUACCUGCAGAUCUCUGCCGUGUUUGUCCUUCCGUCUCCGACAGUUAAAAAGGGCGUGUCUGCUCCGAAAUUGAGGACGAGCCUCGGACAGUAGUGGGUUUUUCAGGCAGUUUGUUUGUUUAUUUUUACUAAUUAUUACUUACAUUUCUUUUGCUGUUCUGAAAUAUCGGAAGAAAACAAGCAGCAGCUGCGCGCGCACCUCAAACGCGGCGGAGCGCGCGACACUUUCGCAAUCGCUGCUUCACGUGCGCAGGAACGGCGGCUGCUUUGAUCCUCCGGAGUAACUUUACGAGGGCUGUGAUAUCAGGCAAUGUAUGUGUGGAAGGAGGGAGUUUCAAAGAGAGCGAGUGAGAGAAGAUGCUGCAGAGGACAGAGAGUAGAGAUGGAGAGAUGAAAGGCUUGUUGCUACCAAAUGGCUGUGACAUCGUCGUGACGCUCUGGAUGGUAGAGAGUCAUCAAGCACCGGUUUCCAAACUUCUGGUGUAGUUCUGCAACCCUUCAACGCAGCCUUUUCUUUGACAUUCUUCUGAAAAUUUCACUGUUUACUGCAUGCGAACUGAAUAACGUGCGCCCUCCUCUCCUAUCAAAAUGGAGACACUUUCCCAAGAUUCAAUCCUGGAGUGUCAGAUCUGCUUUAAUUAUUACAGUCCUCGGCGGAGGCCCAAACUCUUGGAUUGCCGGCACACAUGCUGCUCGGUGUGUUUGACCCAGAUGCGAGCCACCCAGAAGGAGAUUCGCUGUCCUUGGUGUCGUGGCGUCACCAAGCUCCCGCCAGGACUUUCUGUCUCCCAACUUCCAGAUGACCCAGACAUCAUCACUGUCAUUGCCAUCCCCCAUGCAUCUGAGCACACGCCCGUCUUCAUCCGCCUCCCCAGCAAUGGUUGCUACAUGCUGCCGCUGCCCGUUGCCAAGGAGCGGGCGCUCGGCCUGCCGGGGGAGCUGGGGUGCCGCUUCCUGCCUCGCAGCCAGCAGAAGGGGGCAACAGUCGUGACCAUGCCCGAGCAGCAGCCUCUGGGCCUGGCGAUGGGUCUGGAUGGCGUGGGGGUCGAGCUGGAGGGAGGCGAGAGUGAGAGGAGGGUUACAGGUGCAGUGGGGGGAGGGAAAGGCUCCACGUGGUCCGGCGUGUGCACAGUGAUCCUGGUGGCGUGUGUGCUGCUCUUCCUCCUGGGCAUCGUUCUGCACAACAUGUCUUGCAUCUCCAAACGUUUUACGGUCAUCUCCUGCGGCUGAAGGUGAAGGUAUUCUGCCACGAGGAGACUGCCACGGACGUCCCCCAGACUCCACUGGUUCUGUGGAGUCUGGGGCUGAACUGAUAUCAAGGGCAUCCAAGGAAGCUACAGACAUUAUUAAGAGACAAAUGACUGAGGUAAAAAGGCAGGCCACAAGUGAUCGGCCAUUGUUUUCCAAUUUUUUGUCAACUUGGAAAACUAAAAUAUGAGUGGAAA